UCUGCCGGUUACGGGAAGAGGCGGGGUUGAGAGCUCUGAAGCGCGGCGGAUUUGCUCCAGAGGUCCGUUUUUUUUUAAUUGCCUCCGCCGAUUUGACGGAUUCCCCGCCCUCUCACGGUUGACUGUUCUUCAACUCGUCCUCCAUGGCAACGUGGAGCCGUGAAGCUGUGCUAAAUCUUUAUCGUGCACUGUUGCGUCAGGGACGUGGCUUGCGCUACACUGAUCGUGAUUUCUAUCUGAGCUCGAUCCGGAAAGAAUUUCGCAAGAACCAGCACCUUACAUCCCCAGAAGAUAAAGAGCGACAUCUUAAAAAGGGCCAGGCUUUUUUGCACAGCAAACUUGGAGGGCUUAUUUAGAAAUUUCCUUUUUUUUUCUUGUCAUAUGUUUCUUUGCUCUUAUUUUUCUUUAUUUAUUUAAUAAUUUGAACUGGAUGGUCAGUAUCAGAAGUCUGCUGCAAACCUGUAAAAAACAAAUCUCCCAAAGUAUCCUACAUAUACCUCUGGGAGCAUUUCUCCUUCCUUUUUGCAGAUGCAUUAAGCUUCAGGAGCAAUGGCGGGCGCUGGAGAGCGCAAGGGAAAGAAGGAUGACAAUGGGAUUGGCACGGCUAUUGAUUUUGUGUUGUCCAAUGCUCGACUUGUACUGGGUGUGGGAGGUGCUGCUAUGCUGGGGAUUGCUACCUUGGCUGUCAAACGGAUGUAUGACAGAGCAAUCAGCGCUCCAGCCAGCCCCACCCAUUUAAGCCAGUCAGGAAAGAGAAGCUGGGAGGAACCAAGUUGGCUUGGGUCAUCAUCACGAUUACUGAACCAAGACAUGAAGACAAAUCUUAGUCGUUCUCUGCAGACUCUACCCACAGAUGCUUCAGAUUUUGAAAUAGAUUCCAUCAAACCUAUGAAACAUAAAUCACCUGCUAAGAGAAGCCAGGUGGAAUUGAAGAAAUCCCGCCUACGGAUGUCCUUGCAAGAAAAACUGUUUACUUAUUAUCGGAGAAAGGUGGCUAUCUCUGUAGAAGAACAGAUCAAAGCCAAGCAAGCUGCUGUGGAUAUCUGUGCUGAAUUACGCAGCUUCCUCCGUACCAAGUUGCCAGACAUGCCUCUGCGUGAGAUGUAUCUGAGUGGUAGCCUCUGUGAUGACUUACAGGUUGUGACAGCAGAUCACAUCCAACUUAUUGUUCCUCUUGUGCUAGAACAGAAUUUAUGGUCAUGCAUUCCAGGUGAAGAAACCAUUAUGAACAUCCCUGGCUUCUGCCUAGUACGUCGGGAAAACCCAGAAUAUUUUCCUCGUGGUAGCAGUUAUUGGGACCGCUGUGUUGUGGGAGGUUAUCUCUCACCCAAGUCUGUAUGUGGUACCUUUGAGAAAGUAGUGGCUGGCUCCAUCAAUUGGCCAGCAAUUGGAUCUCUCCUAGAUUAUGUGAUCCAUCCAGUCGCACCCUUAGAAUCUCUAACUUUGGAGGUCCAGUAUGAACGGGAUAGGCGCCUUCUAAUAGACUUUUUACCAUCUGUGACACUAGGUGAUUCUGUAUUGGUAGCCAAGCCACAUCGACUGGCCCAAUAUGAUAAUCUAUGGCGACUCAGCCUUCGGUCAGCAGAGACAGCUCGCCUGCGGGCCUUGGACCAAGAUGACUCUGGUUGCCGUUCUUUGUGCCUUAAGAUCCUCAAGGCCAUAUGUAAACUGAACCCAGUUCUGUGUCGUCUUUCUGCCAGCCAGCUUACCAAUGUAAUAUUACACCUGACCCAAGAAGAAACUGAUUGGUCACAAGAUGCAAUAGCUGACCGUUUUCUUCAGGCAUUGAGAAAACUAAUUGGCUAUUUGGAAGAAGGAAUUCUUCCGUGUGCUUUAAAUCCCAAGGUGAACUUAUUUUCAGAACUUACUACUGAAGAAGUAGACGAAUUAGGUUAUACUCUGUACUGUUCACUUUCAGAACCAGAACUUCUGCUACAAAUGUAAUCGCUGCCUUAAGUGUGAGUUAGUGUUAGAACUACUUGCCAUGACAAUUUGUCUUCUGAGUGACCUAUGCACAUCUUGCCCUGGUUAUUUUGCAAGUCUGCCUCUGCAUUUUUAUUGUUAUUAAAUAGGAGUGGGGGGCUUUAGAUUUCUUGGUGCUACUGGUCUAGUUCCACUACACUCAAGGAACUGGAGGAAGAAGCAACUUUGAAGAUCUGCUCAAUUUGCUAUAAUGUUCUUGUUGAUGUACCCACUGCUGGAGUCCCAACAUAUGCUCUCUUUCCUGUAAUACGUUAUACUUUGCUACAGUGAAAAUUCUUACCUCCUAUUUCAAAAGUGUAGAAUUGCCACUAACAAUUUUAAGAACCUCCCAAAUAUAAUAAGAUUUGUUCCUAUUGAUUGGUGACUAUUUCCCCCCUUUUUAUUCUGAAAGUGCUUGACAGAAAAGCUUCAAGAAAAACAUUUGUAGCAAGAUAUAUAUUUGUGAAUUUGUACAUUGACUGUAUCUAUAUUGUCUAAAGGAGGGUUUUUUUAAAAAAAAAAAUUGCAUGCUGCUUAAAUUCAUGUGACACUCAGAGUGAUGAUAACCCCGUAUUUUGAAAACUGAGUGCAUAUUGUCUAGGACUUGCUGCUUUGCCAGAUUGGAGUCCUUCACUGCACAAGCACAUUCAAGGUCUUCAAUACACCCUUGUUUGGAAAACUGGGAGCAGAUUUCUAACUGAUGCAGCGGAAUGUAAGAAGAGAAAUGUCACAUUCAUUGCUUUGUCCAUGUGUUAAUUAUUUGAGAAAUUAGAAAAUAUCACUAAGGCCCAGAGCAGGAUACUUGAAAUAAAGAUUCUUGAAUAAGUGCUAUGUCACUUCAAAAAUGGUGUGCCUUAAAAUCAUAAAGAGUAGUUAAGAGGUGACUGUAUGCAAAACUGAAGAGGGCAAAUAUGCUUUGGUUGGCAUAACUUUAUGUGCUGCACUUGUUAUUGAUGGUCACAGAUGUCCAGUCUGAAUUUGAAGCACCUUUGCCCUCUUCAAUUCUGAAUACUGCAUAUCAUUAGUGUUUGAGCUUCAAAUUAUUGGCUAGCUGGCAAAUGUAUGGACACUGGCAUAUACUUCCUGAAAUGACACUACUGGAGGAAUGCAAAAUAGUUUUAAGUGAAAAUAUAUAUUAUGCUGUUUAUACUUAAAGAAGGUGGCAUACUAUAUAUUUAACCAGUUUGAUCCAAUUGUAUUCAAGAAACUAUCAGCACAUUUUCUCCUAUGUGGUCUUCCGUAUGUAAUUUAUAUAACUCUCUUCUUAAUCUCUAUUCAUUCUUUGAAAUGAUACAACAUUUAGGGAGAAGCUGCAGUAGCUGUAUCUCUUGCUUUGCAGAUACAAGCAUGGCAUAGUGAAUGUGUAAUCUCUUGGGAAAAUGUGGUUUGUUAAUGCUGCUAUCAUCUGGUACGUCUUCCAUCUUCCCCCAA